AAAUUGCAUUGUGCGUCGUGAACUCGGAGGGGUGACAAGUUGAUAAAGUUUUGAAUAACUGACGAUUAACUAACGAUUUCAUCAUCAACACUGGAUAGCCAAAGUUCAUUAUCACCCCCCGAAAGAAUCAAGAGACAGAGACGAGUCUGUCGUUGUUGCUCAUUAGUGUACAAAGUUUUUCAUAGUGUUUUUUAUGCAAUUAAAAAAUGGAUGCAGUACCUAUUGCUGCUACCUCGUCCUACUUUACGGGCCUCUUUUACCCCCUUGUCUUCAUCAUCGCUGGUCUCUGGGCAAUCCACUGGUACAUCGAGAACUUGAGAAUUGUGCGGAUGGGUAACAAGCUCCCAGGACCAAAAACUGUUCCUUUCUUUGGAAAUGCUCUCCUCGCCUUUGGCGUUGCUCCGAAAGAUGUGAUGAGUGAGGUGAUGAAGUACGUCCACUACGGUAGAGUUAUCAGGGCUUUUCUGGGUACGAAAUUAAUUGUCUUUCUGAUGGAUCCGAGGGACGUUGAAAUUAUUCUUGGAAGUCACGUACAUCUUGACAAGUCGGAAGAGUACAGAUUCUUCAAGCCGUGGCUUGGCGAGGGUCUUCUCAUCAGCACUGGUGAGAAGUGGAGGGCACACAGGAAAAUAAUCGCACCCACAUUCCAUCUCAAUGUACUUAAAACCUUUGUCCCACUGUUUUACGAGAAUAGCCUUGAUUUGGUCAAUAGACUGAAGUUGGAGGUUGGGAAGAAGUUUGAUAUUCAUGAUUAUUUGUCAGCUGUGACUGUUGAUAUUCUCCUGGACACAGCCAUGGGCGUGCGGGGGGGAAAGAGAGAAAAGACUGGAUUCGAUUAUGCGAUGGCUGUAAUGAAGUUGUGUAAUAUCGUUCAUCAAAGGCAGUACAAUUUUAUGCUUCGUAUGGACCCAGUUUUCAAGUGGUCGAAGUUCGCUACUAAGCAGGAAAAACUCCUCAGCAUUAUCCAUGGACUGACCAGAGGAAUUAUGGACAAAAGGAAAAUGGAUUAUGCGGAAAAGGGAGAGGAGGCUUAUCCCGAGGAGCUCAGACGAGGCAACACCAUCGAUGCGACAAUGAAGGAACAGAUUAAAUCAUCGAAGAUGAGAUAUGUGAGGGAUGAUCUGGAUGAGAUCGAUGAAAAUGAUGUCGGCGAGAAGAGACGCUUGGCCUUCUUGGAUCUCAUGCUAGAGCUCUCGAGGAAUGGAGCCAACAUGAGCGAAGAUGAGGUGCGAGAGGAGGUCGACACCAUCAUGUUCGAGGGUCACGACACCACCGCUGCUGGCUCCAGCUUUACUCUCUGCGUCUUGGGCAUCCAUCAGGACAUUCAGGAACGUGUUAUGGAGGAAUUGGACAGUAUAUUCAAGGGAUCGGAUCGUCCCUGCACCUUUCAAGAUACCCUUGAGAUGAAGUACUUGGAGCGAGUGAUUAUGGAAUCAUUGAGAAUGUUCCCGCCUGUCCCAGCAAUCGCCCGACACCUCAACGAGGACGUCAAGCUUGCGUCCGGUGAUUAUGUACUGCCGCGAGGUACCACAGUGAUUAUUGCACAAUACCAGAUACAUCGUCUUGAGGAGUACUAUCCGAAUCCCGAGGUGUUCGAUCCGGACAGAUUUUUGCCGGAAAAUACACAGAGCAGACAUUAUUAUGCUUAUGUUCCCUUCAGCGCUGGACCAAGAUCCUGCGUCGGUCGUAAAUACGCAAUGUUGAAGCUGAAAGUACUCCUCUCUACAAUACUGAGACACUACAAAAUUCUCUCCGAUCUGACUGAAGCGGAUUUCCGGCUACAAUUGGACAUAAUCCUCAAACGCGCAGAUGGCUUUCCAAUCUGGAUCGAGCCACGAGCAAAAACCACGACUUCUAUGUAAAUGUUCAUGAUUGAAAAUAAUAAAUUCUUAAUGUUAGAUUACGGAA